AUGGGCGCCUCGUUCUCACGCUUCUUGUGUCUUGCCGUGGGCGUCGCGUACCCGACGUACGCAAGCUUUAAGGUUAUGGAACGACCUGGCAGCGGCUACAGUAACAAGCAGUGGCUUACUUACUGGGUCGUCUACGGUGCUACGACGUCCGUAGAGUCUAUCGUGUCACCUCUCAUGUGUCUCGUGCCUGGUUACAACUUCACCAAGGCAUUGUUUCUCAUCUGGCUGAUGUCUCCGCAGACAAAGGGUGCAACGAUUGUGUACGACAAGGUGUUAUGUCCUUUUCUGAAAGAGAAAGAGCCGUUCGUGGAUCUUAAGCUGAAAGAAGCUCAGGAAGCUGGAGAGAGUGUUUUAUCUGCUUUUCUACAGACAAUAGCAGAUCAAGUUGUUGCUAUUCAGAAGAGUGAUGAGUUUAAGCACAUUUGCAUGGCAAUCAGGAGGCUAGCGUCGUCGGAUUCGGCCAAGAAGACAAGGAAGAAAAGUACCGAUAAGAGCAAGCAGUCGGCCAAAGAAGAAUAA